AUCGUCGGUGGAAUCUAGUCAGCCUGAGAGGGAGACGCACCACGGCCUGCCUGGUCACCAGGCUGAGUCUAAAUACCUUUUGCCUAUGUACUGUACCAUUCCCGUUCGAGUUGUCCUUCGUUCAACCAAGCUGUCACUGUCCAGAGUGUCCUUUGCACAAGAAUUCUACUGUAGAUUCUAGUUGGAAAGGUGACCUAUGCAAGGACUACUUGCGGAUGACGAGGCUGAUCCAACAUCAACACUUGCCACUUAAAUCGGAUUUGUUGGAAUCACCCACAAUGUGCACUAGUCAAGCGCCGUUCUUGGCUCAGACGGACAGAGUGCGAUCCAACGGCAUACCUGAUGGGGGCUGCGAUCCAUAUAUCUCCAAAGAGACAGGUUGUCUAUGGCGACUACUACUUGCCCGUGACCAUGGGCGAAGAUGACUCGCCCCAGCCAUCCAUGCAUAGCAUGGAGGUGACAUUCUCCCUGCUCUCAGGGCAAAGCUUGGAAUUGACCUUGAGUCGGAGAGAUGCAACGGUGAAGGCUGCAAGACAACAGAUCGCACGGCUGUGUUGUAUGCCCGAGCAGGCGGUUCACCUUUUGAAUGAGGGACACGUGCUCGAAGACGAGUUGCAUCUCCUUGGCCUUGAGUCCAUACAGCUCAUCUUCGAUGCGAGCUGUUUGAGGAAGAGCUAUUUGCCUGGGAUUUCCAGCCUUGGUCUUUGGCAUGGUGUACAGGCUCGUUUCAGGUUGCUCAAUCCAGUGCCUCUUGGCACUUGGGCAACUGCAACGUUCCGUGAAGCAUGCCAAAUAAAUUCCUCGACCUCGCAGCGCAGUUCGUCCAGCAUAUUCCGAUAUUCUGCCAACCUUGACAAUGGCGCCUUCCACUGCAUGAAUGCUAUCAAGAAGUCAGGAAGCGUUGGAAGACAUUUUGCCAUCAGCAUCGAGGGCCUGGACCAGUACCGCGCCCGAAUCUUUCGCCCUUUGUCCAACAAGGAAUACAUCUUGUACGAUCCUGCUUCCCACACAGGUGCGCCGGGAGAAGCUCGCGAGAUGGGUUGCCUCCGUUUGCGCAGCAAGAGGAGGGUGGGCCCAUCGGACUUGGACUUCGUGAUGCCCAAGGUGAGAGAGGAUGGCACAGCAGCACAGUUCAGACCGCUGGCUUUGAAGGAGUCCAUUUCGCAGAUCUACGAGAGAGGGAGCCUUGAACAUUUGCAAAUCCUGCGUGGCACCUCUGAUGUGUCCAUCGAGCUUCGAUUGCAUGGUGAAGCAAUCUUUGAAGCUCACCCUAUGGACAAGACAUGGGCGGUGCGCUUUCAACAUCCAUUGUCCCACUUCCAAGCUUUUGGAAUCCUGAUUGGAGUGCUGGACAAUGCUUGCUUAGCUAGUUUCCACAAGUGAAAAUGCUGGUGAUCCCGAUUGACCGCUCAGCAGGCUAAUCCCCAUACGAAGGCCAGCAAAAUGAUUGAUUUGCA